AUGAUAAAAAUACCAAUUGUAGAUAAAACCCCUACCAAUGAAUUAGAAGAAGAAAGUACACCUUUGUUGAAUAAACUAACUAAAUCAGUAAAGGCAAUAAAAAUUGUUCAAAUUAUAAAAAAAGAUAGUUUAUUAGAAUAUAAUUAUAAUGAUCAACUUGAAUUAUUAAUUCAAAUAAUGUUUACUUAUUGGAAUGUUAUAAAAAUAAUAAUUAAAGAUAAAAAAAUCACUAUGUAUUGUAAUGAGAAUCAAAAAAUAUUUGAUUCUCUAUUAAAAUUUGAAAUUGAUAAAAGGAAUUUUGAAUUUUUAAAGUACAUUUUUGAAAUGUUUAAGAUCAUUGAAAACAAGAAAGAAAUAAUUCCUAAAUUUAAACACCUAAAGGUUCCAAUGGGUUAUAAAGAACACCCUUUUUUAAUUUACAAGAACAAAAUUAUAUUAUCAAAAAAAGAUAAUUAUUUAAUAUUUGGAAUUUAUUUGAAUAUUAAUGAAAUUUUUUAUAAUAAAAUGAAAGAAAAAUUAGAAAAGCACUCAGUUAAAUGCUUAAUAGAAUUUGAUCGUAAAUUUAUUUAUCCUUGUAGAAUAACAAAUCAAUUUAAAGAGCACGUAUCUUGUUAUAUUUUUACAAAAAAACCAUGGAGUGAAAAAACAUUUGGUAAAUUAUUAACUUCACUACAAGAUGGUUAUCAUUUAAUUGAUUAUGAUGAUUUAAUAGAAAAUUUUUAA